GCCUCAUACUGAUGGAUACUGGCUGUGGGCGCAACAUCGUCGAGACCUGGGGUCCUGUCGCUGAUGUCUUCGCACCCGAGCAAGGGGGAGAAGAGUAUGAAUUGGACACAGCCAUCAAGAAUCUUGGCUACGACAUCAAGGAUGUCAAGAAGGUCAUCAUGGGUCAUCUGCAUCUCGAUCACGCCGGUGGUCUCACCUACUUUACCGGCACAGACACGGAGAUCUGGGUGCACAAGAUUGAGCUUGAGAACGCCUUCUAUUCUGCAGCCACGAAAGCAGAUAGCGCAGUCUACAUGGCUCACUACCUCCAAUUGAGCCUGAAUUGGAAGUGCUUCACUGGCCAGACGUACGAUUUUGCUCCAGGUCUCACAAUUCACCAUCUCCCAGGUCACUGCCUUGGCCUCUGUGGCCUUCAGGUUAACUUGCAGGACACCGGUACGCUGAUCUUCCUAAACGAUCAUGCUCACAUCCAGGAGAAUUACGAUGGCAGUCCUCCAGGCUGGCUGGUGCGUGACUACCAGGCCUGGUUUGAAAGCAAUCAGCGUAUCAAGAAAUUGCAGAAAACCACUGCUGCACAAGUCUUCCCAGGCCAUGAUUUGAUGGUCAGUAAGCUCUAUGGCAAGGUCUGGCAGUGAUGGCAGGGUGGACAG